CAUCAUGAGACAUGUUUAAGAAAGUUAGCAGUCGAGCAUAAAGAAGAUCCCAAUAAGUUUAUGACUAUAACCGAGAAAGAUAAACUCGAUUCAAUAUCAUUUAAGGAUAGGAUAAAAAUUGAUACAAGAAUGUGUGGCCACACAAAAGAAGGUGGAGAAGAUCCUGAAGAAUAUAUGGAUAUGAAAGUUCAUGAAAGAUUAAUAGAAUAA